GCUUGGCACACGACACUCUUCAUCAUCGAUAAAGGGAAUCACCCCUCUUGCCGGCUGUCGUCUGCACGUUCUUGAACCCUGGCUUGUUUGCUGCACUGUCUUCACCACUCACCGUCUGGGAUCUCGCCUCCUCGACCUCACCACCUGCUCCCAGCCAGUCGUCUCUCGUACUGUCCCCAAAUAGCGAACCCAAAAAAAGCUGCCAUCUGUCUUGGGUCCGCAAUUCUGGACUAUUCUCAGCCGCUAAACGUUCUCUGCAUAUCCGUCUCCAGUCUUCUUCAGGCCUGAUAUCACCCUGCUUAACUUACAAAACUCAACCUUCUCCCGUCCUUCAAACCUUCUCACUCACUUCUAUAUCAUGGCAUCUGUCGACAUCAAGAACGACUACAGUAUGGAGGCAGGACUGUUGAGCACUGACCGAGAAGAGAGGAUCAUGUCGUCAAAGGAAGCACUACUCCAGGAUUCGGAAUCUGCCCAGACCAUUCCACGGACAAAGACCAGAAGGAUAUCCCCAGCUGGCAAGGCCUUGAUUGCUUUGGCCGCUUGUUGCCUUUUGGGCGUCGGUGUAGCAUCCAUUGGAGGUGCUACCCGGUUCUGCCCUGGACAUCUCCGCCAUGGUGAUGUUAUUGGAAAGCAUGGCAUGAACGCCCAUCGACCAAAUCUUUCCGACUCCAUGGCCCAAAUGGUUCGACGACAAAACACACCCGCACCUACCGAUACAGAGCAGGCCACUGACCCUACCGAUGCCGCUUCUGAUGGUGCUUCCAAUGCUCCCUCGGGGGCUCUUCAGGCGGAGCCUCUGGUGCUUCAAACACCGUGCAGCAACCCACUGCUACGGCUGAGGAGCCCACGAACGAGGCUAGCGAGACUGCUGUCCAGCCUUCCGCUACCGCCGAAGAGUCAACCGACCAGGCCAGCGCCACAGAUGAGGCCUCAAACACCCAGGCUCAACCCUCAGUCACUCAGCCAUCUGCCACCAGCCGACCUUCUGCCACUGCCCAACCUACCGAGGACUCAGCUACUGAAGCAUCUCCUUCUGCCACGGAAUCUCAAGAGGAGCCUACUGAGCCUGCAUCCACAGCUGCUCAGCGAACCACCCGUAGGACCACGGAGAACCGACCCGAGUCCACUGAGGACUCUUCCCCUGAAUCGACCACCGAUGAUUCCGAGGCCACUGCCACUGACGACCAGGAAACCGCAACUCAGACAGAUGAGGCUUCACAAACCUCAGACGAUGCCGAAAGCGCGACUGAGACUAAGUCUGAUCGAAGCACCGUGACCGGAACAGGUACCAGACGAACUUCCAGUGCUGUGCCCAAGACCUUCACUUCCACGCUUGAGGACGGUGGCGUUACCACUAUGACUUCGACUUCUUGGGUUGAGGUUGUUCCCUCGGCCGAAGCUACUGCUGGCAGCGACCCUGACCUUCAGAACGCUGCUCCUCGAUCCGUCGGUUCAGUCCUUGCCGCAGUUGUGGGUAUGGUCUUCGGUGGUUUCAUUCUCCUGUAAACGGAAAAUAAACAACUCGACCUUCCCUCGCAUCCAGCGAAAACGUCACGCGGAUCCCGUGACGAACGAACUUGUGGUCCCCUUGCGGGCACCAGUUAAUUCAGAAUGGGUUCAUCUUUAUGAAUAUCACGGUCCUUUCUUCAUGGGUAUAAAAUCAGGAUAAUAGACUUGGGGCAGCAUCAGACGGGAUUAAUCAAUAGACAAGAACUUCCAC